CUUUUAGUAGAUCUGUAUAUGGCUUCGCAUUUUGUGUUUCUAUUUCUGGCGUGUUUGAUUUGCGAAAAAGCAGUGAAUGUUUCUUCCCAAUCUAUCAAUUAUUCAAACCCCAAUUCCAAACAAUCCGGAGAUGUUGAUAACAGAGAUAAAAUAUUGGAUUCUUGGAGCAUUUUAAAUCCAGAGAUUUCAGGUUACGAUAAUUCGUUACAUCUGAAUCGAAGCAGCCUCCCACCAGAUUUUGUAUUUGGAGUUGCAUCAUCGGCCUAUCAAUAUGAGGGUGCUGCAUUUGAAGGGGGGAAAGGAAAAAGUGUGUGGGACACAUUCAGCCACACGCCAGGCAAAAUAUCAGACGGGACCAACGGUGACGUGGCUACAAACUUCUACAAUUUUUAUAAGGAUGAUGUUAAGUUGCUGAAGAAUUUAGGAGUUGAUGCUUUCAAAAUGUCUAUCUCUUGGCCUCGAAUAUUACCUCGUGGGAAGCUAAGUGGUGGAAUCAACAAAGAAGGAGUAGCCUUUUACAACAACCUUUUGAAUGAGCUCAUAGCAAAUGGUAUAACCCCAUUUGUGACACUAUUUCAUUGGGACGUUCCUCAAGCACUAGAAGAUGAGUAUGGAGGUUUCCUAAGUCCACUCAUUAUAGAUGAUUUUAGAGAUUUCGCAGAAGUUUGUUUCAAAGAAUUUGGCGAUCGAAUUAAGCAUUGGAUGACAAUAAACGAGGCAUAUAUGUUCUCUCUGAAUGGAUAUGAUGGAGGUUUGUACGGAGAGUUAGCCCCUGGGAGAUGCUCCUCUUGCCCUCAUGGUGACUCUGCAACCGAACCUUACAUCGUCGCUCAUAAUUUGCUUCUCUCUCAUGCUACAACUUUCAAACUAUACAAACUCAAAUAUCAGACAACUCAAAAGGGAGAAAUUGGCAUAACACUAUAUUCCAACUGGUUUGUACCUUAUUCGAGCACCGACCUCGAUAUCAAAGCUGCCGAACGAGCCCUUGAAUUUAUGUAUGGAUGGUUUAUGAAUCCAAUAGUAGAAGGAGAUUAUCCAGCAGUAAUGCGUUCCAUUGUAAAAAAUCGAUUGCCAAAAUUCACAGAGAAGGAAAGCUCAAUGUUGAAAGGGUCAUUUGAUUUCAUAGGAUUGAAUUAUUAUACAGCAAAUUAUGCAGCACAUAUCUCCACUCCCAAUCCCAAUAUCAGCUGCUCCACUGAUAAUAUGGUUCAUUUUUCUUUGGAUAUUGAUGGUGUGCCUAUUGGUGAACCGACUGCAGUUAGCGUUUUAUGUGUCUAUCCACAAGGACUUCAUGAUAUUUUACUCUACACCAAGGAAAAAUACAAUAUUUCCAAGGUUUACAUAACAGAAACAGGUAUAGGUGACUUUGGCAGUACAGAAGACCAAAAACGAAUUGAUUAUUACUAUGAUCAUAUAACAGCGGUUCAACAGGCCAUUGAGAAGGGUGUAAAUGUAAAAGGUUUUUUCGCAUGGUCAUUUUUGGACAAUUUUGAAUGGGCGUCGGGAUAUUCUAUUCGAUUUGGGUUGUACUACGUGGAUUACGAGAAUGGUAUUAAAAGAAUUCCUAAACAAUCUGCAUUUUGGUUUAUGAAUUUCCUCAACUACAAGUAAAACGGUAUUGGACAAUAUGAUUUUGUAUACUAUAGAGUAAGAGUAGUAUUUUUAUAUAUCAAAACAUGUACAACAUUUUUAUUAUUUAUGUUUGCUCUUUUUUUA